AUGAGUGUCCCGCCCGCUGAUGACAACCGUCCUCUUUCACGGAUGGUGGAUGAGCGGCGGAAGAAAUUCAACUAUUAUUCGCAGCUAUAUGUUAUUCCUGCAGUUGACGCCGUCGAUGCCGGCAAGGGCCAGCUGGAAAUCUCCGUGAACCAAGGACGUGUGCCAAACAACGUCCAAAUGCAGGGUGCAGGAAGAUGUCUCGUCACAUUUAUUCCUCAACACCCUGGCACCUACGUGAUAGACGUGACAUUCAAUGGCGAACAAGUGCAUGGAUGCCCGAUCAAAGUGGAGAUUCUGCCUAAGCAAGUCGGUGAAGUCAUCCACGCGAAUCUUACGCCAACAGCUGUUUCCACAGCAGUUUCAGCAGGUUUGCAUGCUACUUUUGUUCAACUUUUCGCUAUGGACAUUGGUUUUGCACUUGAUCUGUGA